AUUAAAAUAACCACAAUAAGUUUAUAAAUGGUUGCUUGUAUUUUGACAGAAAUGCUUAAUUCAAUAUAUUAUCACACGCAUUGAACCUUUUUUAAAACAAUUUGUGUACAUAUAUUGCUAUUGUUGGUAUCCUUUUAUGAAAACUUUGUUAAUACAACAGUGUUCAGUCAAGAAAAGAUUGUGUGUUUUAGAUUUUAGGUCUUCAGUUAAAUAUCGGCAUUUGUAUAAUAAACUCAUUAUAAACGUGGAUGUUCAAGAAGUACAAUACAGAAUAUAAUCUUCAGAAGGAAAGUAGAGUAUAUGAUACAUAAUUAAUAUGUAAAAUAGUAUCACUGUAUAGAAUGUUUGGAAAGACCUACCAGUAAUAUUUACAGUUUCCUGAUGGGGACCCAAACUAUAUCAGAAGGCGACUUUGAUAUCUUGCAGUUCGAGAAACAACUUACCACAUUAAAAGACUCUCAAGAGGCUAUCAACAACUGUUGCCAAUGGUGUCUGCAAUAUAAAAAUUACCACAAGAAAAUAGUUAAUGCUUGGCUAAAUGUUUUGAAACGGGUGAAGGUGGAACAAAGACUUAAUUUGUUUUAUUUGGCUAACGAUGUUAUUCAGUAUUCUAAAAGGAAAAACUAUGAUUUCGUUGAAAGUUGGGGAAUUGCCUUGCAAAAGGCUACAACUAUGGUUAGGGAUGACAAAGUUAAACACAAAAUACUUAGGAUAUUUAAAAUUUGGGAGCAAAGAGGUGUAUAUAAUAAUGAAUUUAUAUCUGAUUUAUGUGGGCUAAUAAAUGUUGUACCCAGCGCUCCAAAAAAUGAUGAACCACAUGAAUUUCAGCCAAGUUAUGUGAUAGGUAGGAUUAAAACAUGUGCAAGGCUGGAGAAAGAUACAGAUACUAAAUUGAAAAUAUUGAAAGAACAUAAUCCAAAAAUACAACUAGAUGAUGGUCUUUUGGCAUCUCUGAAAGAUCGUGCUAAUGUGGAUGAUGUAGAAAGAGAACUCGAAGUGUAUAUAGCACACAUCAAUGAUUAUAUGCAGGCGUUAAGAUCAGAAGUUAAACAAAGAGAAAAUCUAAUCAGCAUCUUAAAGCAAGCAGAAACACAACUAGAAGCCGAUCGGAAAGAUGUCAAAGUCGUAGCAAAUGCAUACAAGAUGUUUGGUUUGAGGGUAAAAACCUUCCAAAGGAAACUAGAAGAACACAAACAAACACUGUCAAGUCCAAUACCUUCACCAGAUAUCAAUGCUCCAUCACCUAGUCCAGAUUCUGAUCUUGAUUUACCCGAAGAGGCAGCAGAUGAAGUAAUAAAUACCAUCAAAAAAGCUCCACUUGCAGAUUACAAUCCCAAGGCUGAGUUGCAGUUCAGUGCAGGUUAUUAUACACCGAACAAAACCACUGACUCCUCUUCCGCUGAUCUGUCAAACGUCUCGAAUAGUUUUCUAAGCACUAAUGGCUUUGCUAGUUUUAUGGGAUCAGAAUCGUUUAAUUUAGAGACUUUUAGCAGCACUUUGUUUAGCAACGUCAGCAGUUUCAAUAACACCAACGAUUCUUCAUUGGAAACAAGUUUUACUCCACCAAUUUCUGAUGACUUCAAGGCUCCGAAUACCCAAGUUCCACCACCACUCAUAGAGCCAACAACUCCUCAGCCUUCGUAUGGAUAUGACACGAAUACUAUACCCUUGCUACCCCCACCAAUGCCUCCGUUUUCAAAAGCUGAAUUGGAAUUUGGAAAUAAUGGCAGCUACGGUUCAGCAACGACGGAAUCAAACAAUGCAUAUGUUACAGAUUCUACAUUUGCAAAUCCUUCCUAUCAAACUUCUAACAUAACUUACCAAUCGGAGGACAACUUCAGGGAGGAUAUGUUUGAACCCCCUGUGGGGGCUAAUCCCUACCCGCCCAGUGAGGCUAAUCCCUACCCGCCCAGUGAGGCUAAUCCCUACCCGCCCAGUGAGGUUAAUCCCUACCCGCCCAGUGAGGAAUAUAAUCCCGAAGAAGAUCUAAGCACAUGGGAACCAGAAGCUGCUUGGAAUCCUCCUCCUCCUACAACAGACACCCCAGAAAGCCCUCCCAUGUUCGAAAAACAAGGUUAUACCAAUCCGAUAGAAUACCAUGAAAAUCUAAGAAACAGCAGAGCUCUCGAUGUAGAUCACAGGAUAAUCCCAGGAAUAUCUAACGAUAUGGACGAUUCUCAAAGUAGCCUUGGAACCAAAGAUGUUGAUCACCGGAACUUGAUAAGCCUUACAGGAUCUCCUGGACAUUCCAGCUCUCAAAAUUCUCUGUCUAAUAGCAUUUGGAAUAGUCAGUCAGAUCAGGAUUACAGGAUUAAUCGAAUCCAAACCUUGCCGCCCGAUGAUUCUGCAAACGUCUCCGGCGACCAAGACUACAGAUUUGGUUUUAACAUAGAUCAACUCAAACUCCCUCCUCCACCACCCCCACCACCGAAAUUUCAGGAGCAGCAAAUACCGCCGUUGUUGUUGGAUAGAGACGCACCUUCGCCGCCUCUAUCUCCGGACAACGUCGAUAUGGAUCUGAGCGAUGACGAAAAUUAUAGAGUAAAGAGCGAUAAUUUAAAGGUUAUUAUCGAUGGAAGUGAAAAUGACGAUCAGUCCUUUUUGCUAGAACCACCCCCACCGCUACCUGAACUACCUGAUGAUGAAACAAACAAUUUCCUAGAUGAUCUCACUCAUGGCGACGACCUCAAUGAAUUUGGAAAUAUAUCAGAUAAUCUGGAAGAUUCAUUGAGCAACAAUUCUAUGAGCGUUCCACCACCGUUAAUGAUGAAUUUUAAUGAAUUGGUAGCUCCGCCAAUCAUACCUGCAUCAUUGAACACGUCUCUACCCCCACCUCCUCCGCUCCAUCCUCCACCAAUGAUGAUGGGACAGCCUGGGCCUCUUGCCCCACCGCCGAAUCCUUGGCUAUCCGAUGAUGAUCUAGACAAUUCGCAAAACAACCAAGAUCUAAGCGGUGGAGAAGACUGGGGUUCAGACGAUAAUUGGAUGGGACCACCUCCUCCUCAGAUGCCACCGCCAUAUAUGAAAAAUCAAGGUUUCCGAGGAAGGGGACACAACAAUAGAGGGAAUUUCGUUAAAAGAGGCAGGGGUCGAGGAGGGGGCCAGGGUUUUAAUAAUUUCAACUCAGAUCAAAAUUUCGGUGGCGGCAAUUUUAGAGGAAAUUCAAGAGGCAGAUCAAGAGGAGGAAACCGAGGCAACAAUAGAGGAUUCUUCCCGAGAGGAGGCGGUGGUAACUUUAGAGGUGACUUUAGAGGAGGAUUUAGAGGUGGCUUCUGAUAAUACUAGAUUUUUUAUGUUAUACAUGAUAUAGUAAAAUAUUUCAUAAAGAUUCUUGAACUAUUAGUAAAAAGUGUGAUCGGUCAUAUUCUUGGUGAUAAGAAGUUUGCGUGAACGAUUUUUUUUUAUUUAAAACAUGUAAUGUUUAGUAAAAUAAGUUGUAUCUGCAUAUUUUGUCUUUAAUGUACGUCAUUAAGUUUUCUCUUUCUAUUAACCGGGGUUUAUUAUGUAUUAAUUUCGAAAAAAACUAUUUAUUGGAAUUUAUUGUGUGACUUUUAUGGUAUAUAAAGUUUACAUUUUUUGGCUUAAGGCACUAUUAAAAUAUGCAAAAAAAAUUUGUCUAUUGAUUUUCAUUAUAUUAUAAAUUCAAAAUGGCUGAUUUCCUGUGACUGUCCCAAAAUUGACGUAGACCAUGAUUUUGUACUAAACCAAAUUCAGAAUGGACUAAAAAAAAGACUGAAUGGCAGCAGUUCAAAGACAAAUUUUCGAUGUUUUGCAACUGUUGACAGUUUGACAACUGAAAAAGCUAGAAUAAAUUAAAAUUUUGGCAAUGGGAUAAGAUAGGAGGAUUCCCUGAGUGUUUUAUUGUUCAACCUGAUCAUGGAUGAAAUAAUAAAAAAAAGUAAGAAUUAAAAAAGGAUACCAAAUGGGAGAAAAACAACUUGAAAUAAUCGGCUAUGCAGACGAUGCAAUACUAAUCUCUCAAAGUGAAGAUGAUUUAUGUGUCCUGCAACAAUUUAAUAUAACCGCCAGAAAAUUUAACAUGUCAAUUUUCCCAAAAAAGACAAAAUGCAUGGUUAUAACAGCAAAUCCAAUAAGCUGUAAAUUAGAACUGGAGGGUCAGAUACUAGAACAGGUAAUGGAAUUUAAAUGUCUAGGCAUCACACUAUCUAGUUACGGAAAGUGCGAAACGGAAGUGGAAGAUCAAGUGAAUAGAGCAAACAAAGCCGCAGGUUGCCUGAAUGACACAAUAGGGAGAAAUAAAACUAUCGGAAAAGAAAUGAAAGGUAGAAUCUACAAAACAGUCAUCAGACCAAUAAUGACAGAUGCGGCAGAAACACAAAGAGGACGAAAAUAAUGCUAGAAACAGCAGAGAUGAAAAUCCUUCGAAAAAUUGAUGACAAGACAAUAUGGGACAGAGGUAGAAGUACAGAUAUACGACGUUUAACAUUAAGAACGAGGUAAGAAACAGAAGAGUAGAAUGGAAUGACCACAUAAGCCGAAUGACAACAAAUAGAGUAGUAAGGACGGCGAGAGACGGUUUCCCAAUAGGGCUUUUCAUUCACAGUCAUUUGUUUCGAGCUUCUGUCAUGUGUCACAUAAUAUUAAUAUAUCUAUGUCAUACGUUAUUGAUAUAUACCAAUGAUACAAACCAAAGACGUAUGGCGUAGAUAUAUUAAUAUUAUGUGACACAUGACAGAAGCUCGAAACAAAUGACAGUCGAUGAAAAGCCCUAUAGGAGGAUGAUCAGUUGGAAGACCAUGAAAUUGAUAUGACAACUUACUGGAGGCACAUUGAAAAAACAAAGUCAUGUCUAUAGAGAAGGAAGAAGAAGAAAUUAAAAUUAUAGCCUUAUUUUAGUUCACGCGAUAAUCAAAUGUAUGACAUAUAAUUGGUUAAAAUUUCAGAAGGAUCGGUCAAAUAGUUGUUCAGAAAUCGUCGCCGUAUGUAAAAAAGUGAUUUUAAAAAAAAUCGAUGUUUCUCGUGAUUAUGGUUUGUUUUUAAGCCAGGAGGAGUAAUUUAAGUUUACCGCCCCGUAAAUUUUUGUUUGUAAUUGGUCCAACCCCAGGCAAGUUUACUGUUAUAAAAUUUGGACACUACUAAUGACAUUUAUGAAACUUUGACAUUAUGUAUUGGCAUUUCAUAGGUUAAUUAAGUUAUAUUAGCGAUUUUUUAUGUUUUCUUCGUUAUUCCUUUAAUUUUUAGAUUUAUAGUCUGUUUUUAUAUAAAACAAGCUGAAAAUGCGAGCAUUAUCAUAACGAAAACUUUGUUUAUUUACGUAUUUUAAUUCAUAAUAUGGAAAAUUUGCUAUUAUGAAAAGUUGUUCAGAAUUAAAAAUUAUGUUUUAAUGUGCAAUUAUAUCAUUCUAAUUUAAAUGUUGUGAAUUAUAAAGGUACUUUACUCUUGAUCGAAAUUCAUAUUUUUUAUAUACCUCGUAUAAAAUUAAUACAAUUUGAUAUAUGAUCGUUGCAUCAUAAAUCGUAGACCAAGAAGAGUUUUUUAUGAAGAAUAACUUUUCUUCGUCAAAUUAAAAAUAAAAGAGUUAUAAAUGAAAAUGUAGUUGGUAUCCAUAAUUUUAGAAAAAUCUUCAAAUAUUUUUUUCCAUUAGAAGGAUGUAAUUGCACAUAUAAGACCAUAAUUUUUUAUUCCAAACAACAUUUCAUAUAUUCGGUUCGCUUAACUCAGACACAAUUGGCUAGUGAUUUUAGUCAGUAAUUUUGCCAAUUUCGGCAAAAUUGGCAAAAAACAAAGAAAUUACCUACUAAAAUCACUAGCCAGUUGUGUCUGAGUUUAGCGAACCGACUAUAAUAACAGUUUUCAUUUCAUAACAAAUGGAAUCAUUAGGUAGUCCCAUUAAAGGGUAUACUCGUAUAAACCCUUUUAAAGUUAAUAAAUUAUUGCUUUCAAAAUAUACUCAAACUGUAUUUUUGAACAUCUUAUUUAUUUUAUAAAAUAAAUAAAUUCACUAUCAAAUGUCAUUGAUAUUUUAUUAAUACUUAAUUUAAAAUUUAGUUUGACAUUCACGAAAUGUCAAACUCCUAUGCUUUGCUUAACAAAUUCAGAUCAAAAAAAAACUAGCCUACUUACCAUAAACGAUUUCAGCUGACGUUUAGUGUCUCGGCGGAAAAUAAAAGGAUUGUGACGUCACAUAUUAGAGUUUGAGGUCGAUUAUCUCGAAGUCGGUUAGAGAUAUAAAAAUGCCGUUUUCAGAUUUGGAUUCAGAACACAAAACUACAUAAGAAUCCAUCGAUAAAUCUGCUCUAAGUAUUGCAGGAGCGGCGACGCAAUAACACACAGACUUUGCGAAUUUAUAAACGAAAAGUUUUCGUUGAAAACAUUUAUUUUUAGGAAACUUUAGCUAUUAGUGGUAUAAUAUAAUAUUUACGGUACGGACAUGUCAGAAGAGCAAACCAAAAUCGGUGGAUAAACCGAAUAACAGAGUGGAGCCCGAUAGGAAAAAGGAAGAGAGGCAGACCCCGAAGAUCCUUCAGAGAUGAAGUAGACGAAUCAAUGGAGAGAAGAAAUCUACAGGAAGAGGACUGGCAAGACAGAAAGAGCUGGAGAGAACGGUUGAGUGAAGGAAUACAGUGAAAACUUGGAAAUCCUUAGUAUAUAUAAUAUUUAUGAAUUACCGUCGAAGGCCGAUUUGAUCAACCAAAAAAGAAGAUGUAUUUGGUGACUUUUCUAGUAACUUUAUUGGGUGUGAAUCUGUCUUUUUAGUUUACUCCUCCUGGUUUAAAAACAAACCAUAGUAUACUAAAAAUAAAUCUUUAUGAAUAUUAUGUUUCCGAUAUGUAAUUCCUAAGAAGUACAAAUUCAUGGUCGCCGUCAAUUUUGAGACGGUCACAGGAAAUCGGCCAUUUUGAAUUUAUAAGAUGUUGAAAAUUAAUUUUUUUUGCAUGUAUUUAGAGAGUGCAUUUAUAAAGCAAAAAAAAUGUAGAACCUUAAUACCAUAAAAGUCACAAUAAAUUUCAAAAUAAAUAGUUUUUUUUUUCGAAAUUGAUACAUGAUUAAAGCCCCUUAAUCAUCAAAAGCAGUUUAAACUGUUAACAAUUUACCUUAAGGGUGUAAACGCAAAAUUUCGGGCCAAUGCUUUUUAAAUGCAUUAAUUUUUUUUCGAAUUACAUUAUUACCGAUGGCCGAAAGCUCCUUAAAACUUCUAUGUUUAUUUUAAUGUUACAGGGAUGAAAAAGGAGAGCAAAUUUAGUGUGAUUUUAGAUUUCAAAUAUCUCAUUUGAAAAGAAACAUUUUAUUUAUGCUAAGGGAAUUUCGGCCCUUGGUAAUAAUGUAAUCUUUCAUUCUGCGUUUAAAUUUUUUAAAAAUACUUAUUAGUUUUCUCAGAAAUUUUGCGCUUACGCUCUUAAACUAAAAUAAUUAGUUGUGCAAAGCGUUUCUACCUAAUUGUUAAGCGAUUUUGUCUCUUCCUCGGGCAUACAUCUUUCACUCUCACUGUUGCACAUUCAUCCUUCUAUGUUUUAUUUUUAUUUCGUCAGGGGGUUUAUUUAUUUUCUCUCCUCAGAGGCCUAAAUAGGUUUUUGACAAUAUACCUAAAAAUAAAUCAUCGGAUAAUUGUAAUUAUAAUAUCAUAUGAAGUUUUAUAGUCUAUUGAAGACUAUCAUGUGAAGAAAAUUGCAGUAUGUGGAUCAUGUCAUGAAAGCUGAGGCUACGGCCAGACAAGCGACAAUUUACAGCGCUGUAAGAGCAGUAAAAUAAAGCGCGAAAAUGGGUCCCGCGGUGACUGUAGUGGAUGGCGAGACUGACCUGUAAAAUAUCACGCAGCAACGUAGUAAUAUAGGAUAGGACCCAUUUUUUGCGCUUUAUUUUGCGCAGGAAAAGAUAAUGGGUGGAAGAAGCAUAGGUCGACGACGUAUAUCCUGGCUAAACAAUUUGAGACAAUAGUACAAUAAUUGCAACUCUGUUGAGCUGUUUAGACCAGCAGUAUCAAGGAUGAAGAUAGCCUGGACCUGACAAGAUCUUUUGUGUAUAACCUUAACAAUUUUCUAAGUGACAGUAAAAUUUAAAAUACAGUUUUACUUUUUACUCCUUCUUCUUCUUUUUGUGUAGAAUCUGUAUGACUCUGUCGUUUUUGCAAUGUGCCUCCAGUAAGUUGUCAUUCUGUCGUUUUCGUGGUCUUCCCACUGAUCGUCUUCCUAUUGGGGAACCGUCUCACGCCGUCCUUACUACUCUAUUUAUUGUCAUUCGGCUUAUGUGGUCAUUCCAUUCUACUCUUCUGUCGGUUACCCAGUUAUUAAUGUUAUCCACCUUGCAUCUCCGUCAUAUAUCUGUACUUCCAGCUCUGUCUUUUCUUUUUACAGAAUACAGUUACUGAAAAAAUACAAAUUACAAUUUGUAUGCUUGAGAAUUUGUUUUAAUAAAUUUGUAGUACCGUUAGUUUAUAAUGUACGAACUUUAACACAUUCGCUGCCGAUCACGCGCCAGCACAUGAUAUCGUUACUUCAAUCAGGGCCCUGAUUCUAAUUCAAAUUUCGACUCAAAACAAGUCGCAAUCAAUAUGGCGACGUUGAAAUGCGAUUGUGCGAGCGUUGUGGAUUUUAGUUGAACUAACGAAAUGAUGUCAUAAAAUAGCGACUUAUCGAAAUUAAUAGCGACUCCAAAAAAGUGGUUGAUAUUAUAAUUUCGAGUCGAAAUUAUUGUGACACGGACAUGAAUGAAUGGCGAAUGGACCGAAAGCGAGGUUAGGUUUAGUUUAGGAGAUGUGUUUUGUUUGUUUCUUGCAAGGAAAGCUAAAGCAAAAGGUAUUAAUAUGGCUGGGUUUUAUGGAAAUUUGCUGGUUUUGGAGGAAGUAGAUAGAAUAGUAUUAAAUUAGAAAUAUAAUAAUUGAGAAUGAACGUGAAUCAUCAACUCGAUGAAAGAUGUGUAAUAAUCUGGGAAAAUUAGUAUAAAACAAGGAAAAUUCGUACCAGCUAUUUUAUUGCUGGACAUACUGGAAUCAAUUUUUUUUUAAUUUCAUUUUUUUUUCAAUUAUUGCUCUGUAACUGAGAAGAUUUUAACGUUAAACCAAAAACACUCACAUAAAAAUUCACUGUAAUUUAAUUCUGCACAUAGAUAUUUUUUUCCUAUUUCCUUCGGCGGAAAUUUUCCUCGGAAAAUUCGGGCUUUUCAAACAAAAUUCUUAAUUUUCAACUGAAAUUUUAGGGAAGUAAUUAUUUAUCAAUAAUUAAAUAACUUGGUGACAUAAAUCUUUUUUGUUAUGAGUGUCUUGAAGAUAUGAAAAUUUGUAUGUACAAAAAGGACCGGAAUAAAAAGGUAAUGGUUCAAAGAUUGAAAUUCUGUUGUUUAUAACUCUGUCGCAAAUGCUGGUCAAAUUUGACCGGUUAUACCUGGAACCACUCAAUUCGAGUUUUUUUUUCUUCGAAGAAGCCGUGCCCUGAGAUCGCUCAAAUAGUCCUAUUUCAAUUCUGUAAAGUACGUUGAAUAGGUAUAUGUAGUGCUUUUUUAUACGAAAAUCAUAGUUAUUCUGGUGUAUCAUAAUCUUUCUGGUUAUUAUUUCGACCGAAAUUUUUUAAUUAAUAUUUUAAUAUUAUUGCUAAACUAUUGGUUAGAUUGUCGCCGGUCUCCUGAGGGACCGUUCAAGUAUUACGUAACGCAGGUUGGGGGGGGGGGGGGGUCAAAAAUCUUCAAAAAUUGCGUUAAGUAAUAGUAGUCCAAUAAAUGACCGUUUUGGAGUGUAAUUUUCAGGGGCAGCUCCGAAUUGCAUGAAAAUUUGGACUUAGGUUCUACUUACCCUCCACUUCAAAGUUGAAUUUGUCCUAUUGGUUGCUUUCACUUGGGGGGUGAAAGUCACCCCUUGUUAGGGUGUGAAAGCGCGGUGUUUAAAAUAAGCCCGGAAAUGGAUAAAUUGACCGAUUAUAAGCAACUUUAGUUCUAUAAAGUUUUUUACGUAAGUCAAUACUUUUCGCGUUAUUCGCAAUUGAAAAUGUUGAUUUUUCGACAAAAAAACUAAAGCGUUUUUCGCAAAUAACUCAAAAAGUAAAUAUUUUAUGGAAAAAAUAUUCUAAGCUUAUAAAAAAACAAAAAAAAAUGGUGUAUCAGUAAAGUAUAUAAAUUGAGAAAAAGCAAAGUUGUAGCUCAUAAAAAAUACGUUCUUAUUCGUCUAAUUCCAAAUCGAAUAAGUCAACGCGAAAUCACCGAAAAAUUAAGCACUUUUCGGGGAAAGCUUAUUACCAUUUUCAAAGUACUAAAAAAAAGAUUUAUAUUUGUUUUUUACAAAAGUUUCUAGCACCAAAAAUAAACGAGUUACACUGAAAAAAAAGUUGGCCCCUUUUUUGGUAAAAAAAAUUGUGAAAACCUCCCUCUAUUUAGCACCCUAAAUAAAAUUAAUCGUUAACGAUUUACCAUUUAUUUUAACUGUAUGUAUAUUGUUUAUAUGAUCUGUAAGUUUAAUUGGCUUGAAGUGCUUAUUUUUGAAAAAAAUUGGUUUUAUAGUAAAACAAAAUUUUCUAAAAAUUUUUGAAAAAUUUCCUUUUUUCAAAAUAACUUAAAAAAUAUUAGUGAUAAGAAAAAUCUUAAGGAGUAAAAAAAUAUUGGUUUUGUUAUUAUAAAUAUGCUAGUUUCAUUUUGUUUUUCCGCAAGGCAAAAAUUGGUUACGAUAUGGCUGUUCAAAAUUUGCAUACACUCGUGAUUAGUGACCCGUUCAAGUUUUUUUAACUAUAACCCUUUCAAAAAUAAGCACUUUAAACCGGUGAGACUGACAGAUCAUAUAAAAAAUAGAUAAGUAAGUAAAUUGUUUGUAAAGCGGUAGCGAUUAAUUUCAUUUGAGGAGCUAAACACAGGGAGAUUUGCAUGAUUUUUUUACAAAAAAAAAGAGGGCCAACUUUAUUUUGAGCGUAACUCGCUUAUUUUUAAUGCAAGAAUCUUUUAUGAACAAUUCUAAUAAAGCUUUUUAUAAACACUUUAAAAAAGUUUAAAUAGGUUAUUCCCGAAAAGUGCUGAAUUUUUCGGUGAUUUCACCUUGAAAUAUUCGAUUUGGAAUUAGACGCACAAGAACGAAUUUUUCAUGAGCUACAACUUUGUUAUUACUUGAUUGAUAGACUUUACUGAUACACAUUUUUUUUCAGUUUUUUAUAAGCUACACUUUUGCUAAGGAUAUUUUUUUCGAUCAAGUAUUUACUUUUUGAGUUAUUUAUGGAAAACCGUCCGAAAACGUAGUUUUUUUGUCGAAAAAUAAACAUGUUCAAUCGAAAAUAACUCGAAAAGUAUUGACUUACAUAAAAAACUCUAUAGAACAAAAGUUACUUAAAAUCAGCCAAUUUAUCCAUUUCCGGUCUUAUUUUGAAUAUAUGUUUUUUCAUCCCCGAGAAGGGAUGACUAUCACCUCCCAAGUAAAAGCAACCAACGGCACAAUUUCAACUUUGAAGUGGAGGGUAAGUAGAACCUAAAUCCAAAUUGUCAUGCAAUUCGGAGUUGCCCCUUAAAAUUACACGGUAUCACCGUAUUUCCCGUUCAUUUACUGGGCUAUAGUUAAACUCCCAUAAGAGUGCGUUACGUAGGGGGGGGGUUAAAAUUCUUCAAAAAUAGCGUUACGUAAUACUUGAACGCUCCCUGAUAUAUAAUCUACUAUAAAAAAUCUUUCAUGUCACCAAGUAAUUACUUCCCUAAAAUUUUAAUUGAAAAUUGCAGAUUUUUUUGGGAAAACUCGGAUUUUCCGAGUAAAAUUUUUGUUGAAGGUAAUCGGAAAAAAAUAACUUUGUGCAGAACUAAAUUUUUAUUUGAGUGUUUUUGGUUUAAAGGAAAAAUCUUAGCAGUUACAGAGUACUAAAUGAAGAAAAAAAGAAGAUUUAGGAGUGCUAAUUUGUUUAUAAAUAAAAUAACACACUUUCUGCGGACUUGUCAUACCCCAUAUUACUAAUACAUAUUAUAUAUGAAAAUUUAUAAUAUUUAAAUAUUUAAAAUUUAAAUAUUUAAUACAUAAUACAUAUUAUAGAUUUUCACUUCGAAAAAAAUCAAACAAGAUAAAACUUUUUGUAAUUUCAUUAAGAAAUGUUUAAUAAACAACAUAUCAAAAAGUUCUACUCGAGAAGUGGGUGCUUCAUUUUUUAUUAAACAAAUGAACUACGAAAUUAGAUGUCUUUUUAAAUAACUCCGAAAAUAUAAUUUUUAGAAAAAAACUGACUUGACCAUUGAAAAAUUCAGAAAAUUUUACAAAAAAAAACCUUAUAUAAAGAUUUUUCUAAAAUUAAAUCUCUAGCUUCUGUAAUUUUUUAUUUAUAACGCUAAAGUCACCCUUCUCACACACAUUGGCGCAAUGUAAACUAGCGUUGGAAGAAGUGCACGGUUGAGUUUUUUUAAUGUAAUUCUUUAACUAAUGGAUCAAAAGAAAUUUUACAAAUUGGACAUGGAAGAAGAUAAAAUAAGCUAUCUUAUGGUUGUAAUAAAAAGAAAUAAAAUAUAUGGACAUAAGUACGGUGUGGGCGGAAAGUGAGACUUACAUGAAUUUUGUUUAAAAAUGAUUUAAAAAUGUGUAACUAAUACAAUUUUACUUACAAAGCUCUCAAAUUUGCACAACUUACCUCUCAAUCAUCUUACUAAACGAUGUUUCAUUCAAAAAAAAUCUCAAAAAUUUAAUUCAAAUAAUACGCUGUCUCAAAAAAUGUAAUUUUUGAAAACUUCGUAGUUCUACAGAAUUCCCACCAAUUUAAGACGGUAUAACUCAAGUUUGAAUAAAUCUAAUACAAUUUUUUUAAUAUUUUUUUAAAGCCUAGGAUGUAAUAUUUAAAAAACAUUGAAUUAUUUUGGAUUAAAAAUGAAAUAAACAAUUUCUUUUUGAGAGAACUAAAAAAGAUAACAAAAAUGUAAUACAAAAACCGAAAAUUACCAGCUGAAAAAAUGUAUAUACAGAGUGAUAAAACUUUUUUCUGUAAAACUUACCUAAAAUUAAUUUAAUAAUAAGCUUCAAAAAUAAUAAAUGUUCAACAAAAAAAUAUUUUUUUUAGCUCAUACAGUAUGUCUGCGAAACUUGGAACCUAUUGAUAACUUUUUUAAUAUCAGUUUUACGAAAAAAAGUUAUUCUUUAUAAAAUACUCUGCAUCGUAUAUAACAUAAGAUGCAACCAUCAAAUAUCAAAUUUUGUUAAUUUUGUACGAGGUAUGUCAAAAAAUAUGAAUUUCACUCAAGAGUAAAGUACCUUUAUAUUUCACAAUAUCGAAAUUUUUUAUAAAGAAAAGUUGUUUGGAAUUAAAAACUAUGUUCCAAUAUGUAAUUAUGUCCUUCUAAUCGAAUAUUUGUUUUUUUUAAUAUUGUUUCAAAUUAAUUAUACCAAACAUCAUUAAAUUUUCACUUAUUAUUUAUGAUAACUGAUUUAUUAUUAAUUUUAUGAAGAAAGUUAUUCGUCAUAAAUAGCUGUGCAUUGUCUAACACUUAAUAUGCAAAUAUAAAAUAUUAUAUUUUAUCAAUAUUAUACGAGGUAUUAUGUAAAAAAAAUUGCAUAAAAGUGUAAUUGCAUAUUGACACAUCGUUUUUAAUUCUGAACAACUUUCCAUAAUAACAGUUUUCAGUAUUAUGAAAAAUAUAGGUAUUUUACUCCUAACUGAAAUUUUUAUUUAUUGACAUAUCUUGUACAAAAUUGAUAAAAAUUGAUAUUUUAUGAUUGCAUUUAAAGUUUUAGAAUAUGCAGAGUUCUGUACUAAGAAUAACUUUUUAUUUAUGAUUCCAUUGCAACAAUUUUUUGAAUAUUGAAGAGAUAGAUUUUGAAUAAUUGGUUCUUUCUUUCUAAUACAUUUUAAUUUUUAAUAUUUUUGUGAAAAUUAUUUGUUUAUCUUUUUUUUAAGAAUGAAAUUCCAUAUUUGUUUGAUUGGAUUCUACUUGUUUUUCAUUUAAAUAUCCGCCAUUUUGGAUCCGCCAUUUUGAAAUUUAAAUUUUUAAUCUUUAAUUCAGAUUCAACAACCUGUUAAAAAUAAAGACAAUAAAUGUUUUAGAAAAAUGUUCUUUUUUAUGUUCUUUUUAGAAAAUCCGCAUUUUGAAUCCGCCAUUUUAUAGUUUAUAAUGUUAACAUUUAAGUUAGGUUUAUCAAAGCUCUCAAAAAUAAAUAUAUGUAAUAAUAAAUACAUUUUAUAAAGAAAUUAUGAUUUUACAACUAUUUUUUAAGUUAUCCGCCAUUUUGGAUCUGCCAUUUUAUAAUUUAAAUUAUCAAAAUUUGAUUCAGGUUCAGCAACCUCUAAAAAAUAUCCACAUAUACGUAAACAAACACGUUUUAUAAAAAAAAAUCUGAUUUUACAACUGCUUUUUAAGUAAUUUUAGGAAAAAAUCCGCCAUUUUGAAUCCGCCAUUUUGAAUUUGCAAAUUGUAAUGUCAGAUUCGGGUUCAGCAUAAUCAAAACUAAAAUAAAAACAUUUUUUAUCAAAAUAAAAUGUUGAAUUCACCCAUAUUCUUAACAUUAUUUAUACAAAACAAUUGUUAUUGUUUAAACAAUUAAUAAACAAUUAGCGGCGAAAUUUGUGAGUAGAACUUUUUACUUUAACAUAUUUAUAAACUAACAAAAACAGUUUUAGAAAAAUAUAACCUUGUUUGAUUUUUUCCGAAACAUUGUAUCUUCUCGUUCUAAUUGCACUCCCCUAAUAUGCAAUCUUAAGAUUCGAUUUUAGCAAUAAAAUAGCUGGUAAAUAACUUUUCUCAAAAUGACAUUUUUGCGAUAAUUUGUCCAGACUAUCAACAAACGUUGCGGUGGUUGCAUAGCCAAUAAAUCCAAUAAACAGGAGGACCAACCCAAAUUCUGAGCAGUGUCAAAAUGAUAACGUUAAUAUCCCCAGUUGGAACUAAUAUCGAAAUGAAUAAGAAUCGCUAUAAAUUGCGACUGUCAUGGCUGAGUCGAAAUUAAAUUGCGACCUCGAAAUGAAUUAGAAUCAGGCCCCGUGGCGUUCACGCUCCAGCGAGUGAUAUGGUUACUUCAGUCAGGUGCCGUUCAACAAAAUUUCUCCUAGCCAAGUUCCAUCCUCUUUGGUAGGCAGCGAAUAGGUUAAGCUAAUUAGAAUCAAGCUGUUAACAUAUUUAAGUCAAUAUCAGCUGUUUAUUGCUAUUUUGCUUUUAAACCUUAUAUGCCACUGACUUGUUUCAUGCUACAAGUUCCACAUUACCCAACAUACAAACUCCUAGAUUUUGAACAAGCAUUGUUAAUAAGAAUAUUUCGUUAUUUAAUACAUAAUUAAUAAUGUAAAUUUAUGUAUUGUAUAUUCAUUCAGAUUGAUUUCAAUUGUUACAAACCUCUUUCAUCAUAUAAUACCAAAAUCCAAUAUUAAUUUUGUGUUUGAAAUUAGUUAUUAAGGGAAACGGAGCAAAAUGUAAAAUUUUGACGCAUGUCAAAAUUUUCAAUGUAUUCAUUUUUUUUUUUCGAAUCCUGAGAAAACUAAUAAGUAUUUUUGAACAAUUUAAACGCAGAAUGAGACUACUUUAUUAUCAAGGGCCAAAAGUGCCUUAAAAUAAAUAAAAAAUUUCUUUUGAAUGAAAUAUUUGCAAUUAAAAAUCACACUAAAGUUUCUCUUUUAUUUUCACCCCUAUAACUUGUUAAAAUAAACAUUAUAGACGUUUUCAGGGACUUUCGGCCCUCGGUAAUAAUGUAAUCUUUCAUUCUGCGUUUAAAUUUUUCAAAAAUAUUUAUUGGUUUUUUCAGGAUUCGAAAAAAAUGUAUACAUUUAAAACACAUUGAAAAUUUUGACAUGUGUGAAAAUCUUGCAUUUGCUCCGUUCCCCUUAAUCAAAAGUUUGCUUUUGUAACCUAUAAAAGUUAGUAUGAUGGAUCACCUAUUGAAAUUAACAUUUAUAGGUUAAAAUAAAUUCUUUCGCAAUUUUUUAUUUCAGAAAGAAACACAAUAAAAAUUCUUUUUACAAUUAAUUGGGAUUUAUUUCCAUAUAUAAUAUUCAAGUAUCUUAAAAUUAUGAAUGCUUAUCGACUACACAUUUUAUACUUUUGUAAUUUUUUUGGAAAAUGGAAUUUUUAUUAUUAAUUAAUUGGGUUUACUCCCAUAUAAAAUAUUCAAAUAUUGUAUUACAUAUUUUGUACUUUUGUAAUUUUUUUCAAUAACCCUAACCCUCCUUUCACACGCUAAGAAUUUGAACGUGCGAUUGUUGGAACGCACGGUGGCAUUCCAAUGGUGGCUCGAGCAAUCAUAUGGAACCUUUCUCCCUUCACAGAACGUUUCAAGCCAUCGCGCGUUGAAAAUUCUUAGUGUGUGAAACGAGCCUAACUUAAUGUACAAAUGCUGAAUUAACACAUGCUCAAGUUAGCAGUGGAUUCAAUUUAACCGUUUACUAAAACAUUCGAACUUAUUUACUUUUUCUAUAAAAACUAAAACAUCUCUGUAAGCACUACCACUACAAAAGCAAACUUUAAUAAAUAUGUGGAUCAUGAUAAAUAGGGACAUUAUGAAAUGAUCUCGAGGAAAAGAAUGUUUUGUAGAGUUGUGUAAUAAAUAAGAAACCUGUAUAUUUGUUCAUUUGUGUUUUUAGUUAUAUAAGAACUAAAAUACAUAGACAAGAGGACAAUGUUUUAA